CAGCGACUGUUUCAGGUUCUCGCGAGAUUUGUGACUCCUCGCUGCACUCUCCCGUAGGUCAAGAUGUCGGAGUCUGAGCUCGGAAGGAAGUGGGACCGGUGUCUGGCGGAUGCGGCCGUCAAAUUCGGUGCUGGCCUUGGAUUGGGGAUUGUAUUUUCUGUCAUCUUCUUUAAAAGAAAGACGUGGCCCAUCGUGUUCUCCUCCGGGAUCGGCUUAGGAAUGGCUUAUUCAAACUGCCAGAACGACUUCCAGUCUCCAUAUCUUCUCCACGGCAAGUUUGUCAAAGAUCAGUGAGCUUGCGCGGUCAUUCCUCCCCGGGAGCAGCUGGACAUCUGGAUCCGUGCAGGACGCACAACAGCCUCCGGCCGAGCCUUUCUCCCGCUUUAUCUUGAGCUCGCAGAUGUCAUUUGUUUUAUAUUUUCUGUCACAAAAGUCGGGGAAAUAAAGUUAAAAUCUAUAGCGAC